GCACUGAAACGUACGUGACACGGCGCGCAGUACGAUGAUCGCGGCUCCGCUCCACCACCGCCCGCCGUCGCCGGCUCCGCUUCCGUGUUCCACCGCCGGCCGGACCCUCCGCGGCAGGUCGUUGUUUUCGACGACGCUGUGCGCGGUGUCGUCGUCGCCCGGGGGGUCGACCAGGACGAGGGAGGCGGCGGUGGCGCGCAUGCCGCGGCUGGCGCACAGGGAGGUCAUGCUGGCGCUGGCGCGCAAGGCGGAGGCGCGCCUGGGCGGGCGGCUGCUGCCGUCGGAGGUGCCCGGCGACGUGACCUGGUUCGGGGAGGACGGCGGCGCGGCCCUCGGCUCCGUCGACGUGCGACGGGGCGCGCCUGGCUCAUCGAUCGACUUGAUGCUGGAGGCCUGGUUUCAUCGCACGCUUCCAACUGGCAGCGCCGUCGAUAUCACCUCCCUCAUCGUAUUCCUCAACGGCACCACUGACGCGCCGCACUUCCUCAUGGAGCUCAUCCAGGGCGGCCCAUCCUCCCUCGUCGUCCUCCUCGACCUCUUCCCACGCAGGGACCUCCCGCUCCACCCGGACUACAUCGACAGGUACUACGGCGCCACCGGAAUCGACAGCCAUCGCCAGAGCAUCGCGCGCAUCCCUCAGGUCCGGCCGUACGUGUCGCCGUCGCUGCUGGUCCGGAGCCUGUGGUCACCGACGGCGGUCGUCGUGGACGUGCAGUGCGGGGAGGGAAAUGAGUCAGUGCUCGAGGAGAUCGUGCUCGGCCAGCUUGCGAGCUCCGCCAUGGCGGUUCUUGAUGUCUGGCUCGAGCACUGUGCGGGGAGCCUGGUGGAGAUGGACGCAGCGGAGAGGGAGAGCUUGGUGGCUAGGGACAAGAUGAUAUCAACCACAUCGGUGAAACUUAACUUCUCUGCCAACCUGCCCAAGAUGUUUGAGAAUGAUGUCGCGGAUAGGGUAGUGGCGGAAAUCAACAAAGCCUUCCUCGGGACUGUGUAGACUAUAUCCUCAUCACUCUCUACUUUGGCUCCAACGCAAGAUUUAAACACAUAAAAGAACUGAACUCAUUAAUUAGUUUGGUGGUUUAAAUAUACCCAAUGCAAGAUAUCAGGUAAUUUCUACAAAUUCCAGCAUAAAAAAUUCUUUAUCUGCUCAAACUAGACUUGAUCUGAUCGCUUUCGUCAAAGACAGUAGGAUUGGUACGUAGGAUGCAAAACUUUUAUACGGUAUAGCAACACAUAGAAAACCUAGUGCACAUCUAGAUAGAUUUUGGAAUAGGUUUUUAUAUGUACUUGAAGCCAUAGUUUUUAAAACACCUAGUUCACCCCCUCUCUUAUGGUGUCACGGUCCUUUCAGCUAUCUUACAGAAAUGUUCUAUUGCCACUUUAGGAAUUGGAAAAACCUCCUUUCCUUUAAGGAGAGAUGUUAUGCUUCCACUCACUGGUUUCUUGCCGGUCUAUUCACGUGGUGGCUCUAGCUGUUGAGCCGGUUUUGAAACCGCUUGUGAGAUGGUACCUUCUAUGUUCUCAAUGAUGACCACUUUUUCACUAGGAUUGGUGGAAUUUGCUUCCUUUGAUGCGACAGAUUUGGUGGACUUUGCUCCCUUUGAGGUGGCAGGCUUGACGGGCUUGGUUCCCUGUCGGAUAUUCGGGAAGGAGGUAGGUCCCUCUCCGGUGACUUUCGAGGACUAUGACCCUUCUCGUCAUAUAACUCGCAUUCUGAUUCAAAUAAUAUGUAGCGCUUCCGCCACGCCACAAAGCAUCCAAUGUUAUCCUUUAGCAACUUGUUAUCAUCAACGGGGAAAUCCAACUCACUGUACCGUAACUUAACUGCUCAUAACAAGAACAUCAAAUGGUAACCGUGGCAUAACCUUCAGGUAAUGGGCAAUCAUGCAACAUAACACCUUCACCGGUUGGCUAAGCCUGACCUAUGGUCACCUUCACGCCAAAUAUAUGCGGCACGUAUAGCUUGCAAGGUGUUGGUCUUGUGAUCUUAUCCACAGGAAAGGUGCUCCAACAUCCUCCUCAGGCAGCACGGAGCAUCCCUACUCCGAACUAACCUUGGUGGACUUGCAAGAACUUGCCUAGCUUCUCCUGGUGGUGUGGGAGCACCCCAGCCAAAUGAUUCCUCAAGCUCUUCCCAGAACCUCUGAUUCCGUUCGGACACUUAGGCAUGGAUAGCUUGUAAAGGACUAUGCCACUCAGCAUGUCAUUGUGCAUUCCUCCUCCCACGACUUUUGUACAUGCCAAAAUGUCCUUGGGAGGCAACCGCCCAUAGAACAUUGUUGGUCCCACAUGUGCGUCCAGGGUGCUUUUUGUUUCCAA